AUGGCUGACGUCGUGAUGACGCCAGCACUGGCCUCGGAGGAGGACUGGCAAUCCCGCUGCGCCAGAUGCAGAGCAACCGUGGAGGGCCUGCUGAAGAACAGGCAGCCGAAGGAGGCUCUUGCGGAGGCGCUGAAGGAACCUCCUUACGGUGCCACAGUGAAGACCCGGGAGGAGGCUGCCAAGACGGUUUUACAAGCCAUGUCGGCCUUCCGGGAGGCAGAGAUCAAGGCCGCCGCAGCAUCUUUGAGCGAGGAUGCGCAGAACACGCUGAUGAAGUACCUGUACACGUUCUGGGGUCAAUCGCUGCCUGCCCGCACAAACUCGCAGCUCUUCACCUGGCACUCUGCCCUCGUCGAACUCCAGGCUGGGCCGGGCUCUAUCGUCAGAGCCAUCUAUGAUUGGAACUGGCCGUGA